AUAAUAUUUCGUGGUUUCUGAACAAGCAGAACUACGUACGUACCUACGUAAUACCAAUGAAACAAUGGUUUUUAAACUAAAUUUCUAUUAAGAUAAGUAUAAAAUAAAAUGAUGAGUCAAUUAAAAGCGGAAGAAAGCAGGGAAUUAAAGUUGAUGAACUUGACAUUGCAUUCUGUUGCACAUUCUUUAUUGCUGAGCACAUGAGCUGCGUCUCGGGCUCAUUCUUUCCUAAUUAAGAUUUCUUCUGCUGCUGCACACCACCACACCACUGAAGAUGAGUUAACUCAACCCUUUGAGCCAUGUUAAGUAAAAAGUUAGUUAACAAAGUUCUUAGUUAAAAUGCUCAACACGAGUGCAAAUUGCAGCAGUAGUCGGUGUAUGUCCGCCCUCGCCACUUCAUGGGGAUUGAUGCUGCUGCCUGCACUGAAUUUUACAAUUUAAUCAUCUGCCCCAACUAAAGUAGAAACUUUACUAAAACACUAAUUGAACAUGUUUUUUCGCAGCAUUAAAUUCGACCCUUUUGUGCAAUAUUUAAUUCUAGUUUGAACUAUUUUAAUUAAACAUUUAUCAGUGAUUUAGUGACGUCCGGUGUGUGUAGAAUCUCAAAAUAGAAAAAAACUACGAGUGUGUAGUCAAUCCGAUUUAGAUUGAGGUUUCUUCACUUUUUGAGACGAUGGACGCCCAUCCCAUAAAAAUGUUGGGGUUGUGAGUUUGGUUAUCGGAAUCAAAGCGUAAAAUAAAGCCGUGGUUCCGUACCAUGCGCCACAUUAUUAGUGGUCUCUUCUGCCUCCCAUAACAUUUACUAAUGAUGGUGAGAAGACAAUAAAACAUUUUAAUGUGUGUGUGGUGUGUGUGAGUGUGUGCAAGUUUGUGUGUGGAACAUGGAUUGAGACGUGUUAUUCGAAAGAAAUAUUUAUUACGAGAUAAACUCAAGUGAGUCGUGGACAUUCAUCUUUAUCUGGCACAUCAUCAUCAGAUUACUAUAGCACGAAGAUAGGUAAAUCAUCCUCAAUUACGCCCAUGACCGACCAUUCCUUUAACUUAUGAAAGAAAGCUGUUAAUAAAACCAACAAUUUUACAAGAAGAAGAAGAAGACUCCAUGAUCUGACUCAACUGACCACUUACUCAGCAUUAUUCGUUCCAAAAUUUGUCCUCAAUCAGGAUUUAAUUGAAGAAGGGCGAGUUCCUCACUCACUCAUCAUACAAACUCGGCACAAAUUGACUCUCAGAAAACAUUCCAAAAUGAUGUGAAAGAGUUCGUGAAAGAUCAACUGACUGACUUUAAUCCUUCAAAGUUUUCCGACUGAUUCGCCGCCGUCAGAAGAAGAGUGAGAAGAGGUCGGAGAAUUUCGAGUGAAAGUCUGCUGCUCCUUGAGAAAAAGGCAAUAAGAAAAACAAGGGAGAAAAGUGGUCCGCCGCACGGAGGAUGCUGCUGUUCCGCCAUGCCAUCAUUAACAGAGAAGAAACUCACGAUAAUCGAGGAUGAUGAGGACGGAAAUCGAGGAAGAAACAUGGGAUUAAAUGGGAGCAAAGACCAACAACGACCACUCCUCGCACAGCAACACCACCCAUUUCUCGUCCUCCAUCUCUUUCCCAAUCCAUGCCCCACACUCAUUUACCCCGCCGCCGUCGAUCCUCAGUAGCAAUCUAGUCUGACAAAGCACUAACGAAGGGUAAUUACAGCCAGGUCAUCAAGACUUGUCCAGCUACCCAGCGGAUGGGGUGUUGUAGUGGUGUCAGUCGCCACCGAGCGUCUCCCACCACGUCGUCCGUAAUGCUCCGCAGACUGCGAAGGCUGCGUGUGUCUGCAAUUUUCUACACGUGUGGCGGACUCUGUGCCAUCCUCCUCCUGGUCAACUUUAAUGAAGAUGUGAAAAGACUGUUGCAACAAUCCUCCACUUCUGGUGGCCCACAUUUGUCUCCUUCCGGCCCAGCUGCGGGUUCUCUUCAACUCCAAACGUCACCCCUGCACUUGGCACAAUACGCUGCUUUCACCCAUCGAAAGUUUCCUCAGGACAAGCCCCACCACCAGUUUCUCGGCGAAGAUGGAGCAGUUCCUCAAAACAGUGUGGAUGAAAAUGUGAUAAGUCUCAAUGCAAAGGUGAGGAAGCGAAAUCCCCCGAACAAGGAGGGCGGCAUUGCUGGUGACUCUUCGUCAUCAGAUUCCCCCCUUUUCGAGACUGGGGAGGAUAAGCCAUGGUACAUGUGGAGUGGGACGAGGUUCCCCUCCCUCUCGAGCGGUGUUCUCUCAACCUCCGUGGACGAGGCGAGGCUGUGGUACGAAGACAAUCUCAACAAUGAUCGGAUCCUUGAACAACUCAUGUUCUGGAUUGACGACCCCGUCAACAACCCCAACGCCACGCUGUGGUACGACAGCAGCAGCAGCAGUGAUACCACAUUGUCCACGAGUAACCCCACGGUGGAGAAAAGUAAUAGCAACACGGGACGGGGUGGUGGUGGCUCGUCUUCUUCAUCGUUGAACCGACUCGUAAAGACGACAGCUGAAGAUGACGACAUAUUGGCCAACGUAGCCAUCAGCACUGGCAGCGUCCAGAUAACUUCGGGGUCGAUGAAGACUGUUGGCUCGAACGAGACUUCUUUCGGCGGCCGAUUUCCGGGUGAGCAAAGGAGAGGAAAGUUAAAGACAAUUUUGCUCUAUUACGGAUUAGGGAUGAGUUGGGGAUCUCAUAUUACAAGUGGUCGUAGUGUUUUCCUCCAACAAAAGUGUCCCGUAAACUCUUGUCGACUAACUGGGAACAGGGCGCACUUAGCAAAAGCAGACAUUGUUUUGUUCAAAGACGUCUUUAUGAAUCCUAAAGUGAAGAGAAAUCCGCACCAGUUGUGGAUCAUGUACAUGCUCGAGUGUCCCCUAAACACGCAGAACUUUGUGGACAAAAACGUCUUCAACUUGACAGCUACAUAUCGACACGACUCGGACAUUGUUACUCCGUACGAGAAGUGGGUCUACUAUGACGAAAAUGUCAAAACGCUACAACAAGGUGUAAACUACGCUGAAGGCAAGAACAAGAAGGUGGCUUGGUUCGUGUCCAACUGCGUCGCUAAAAAUAAUCGCUUAGACUACGCUCGCGAGCUGUCCAAGUACAUCGAGGUGGACAUUUACGGGGCCUGUGGAACCCACUCCUGUUCGAGAGCCAAUGCGAAGCAAUGCUUCGAACUUUUAGCCAAGAAUUACAAGUUUUAUCUAGCCUUCGAAAACUCUAAUUGUAGGGACUACAUCUCUGAAAAGUUUUUCGUAAAUGGACUUGGAAACAAUGUGCUUCCAAUCGUGAUGGGUGCUCAUCCGAAUGAUUACAAACGCGUCGCCCCGGAUAAAUCGUACAUUCACGUGGAUGACUUCGCCUCCCCGAAGGAACUCGCCGAGUAUUUGUACCUCCUCGACAAGAAUAAUGAGCUGUACAACGAGUACUUUCAGUGGAAGGGGACCGGUGAGUUUAUCAACACGCACUUUUUCUGCCGUCUCUGCACCAUGGCGCACUACGCGGACAAGUCGGAACGAAAACCACGGCACUACAAGGACUUCAACAAGUGGUGGCGUGGACCCAACGUUUGCACGCGAAGAUCUUGGCGAGGCCAGCCGGACAUUUUCUCUCCACAAUAUUACGAACGCCCAACGAUGGAUAACUAAUGUACUCAUCGCUCGAUAACCUUUAUAUAUAUAAGUUGUUGACAUUUUUUGUUUUUAUAUUAUGAAUUUUGAUAAGUAACGAAACAGGGGUUGCCAUAAUAUUUGGUCUAGUAGUCACUCGUUGCUCGAAAGUAUUUUGUUUGUUGGAAUUUCUACUGUUUUCAGUUGUGACCUGAUUCAACAGUCAUAUAUGUGUGUACCAUAAUUAAGAGUUUUUUACCAUUACACAGUAAUAAUUAUGAAGUCAGUUACCGUUCAUUGUUCUUACACAUGUAGUCAAAAAGAGUAAUCAGAGAACAUUUAUAUAUAUCGAUCGCGGGUGCAGCAAUCAUGCAAAGUACUUAAUUUGUUGUUUCCCUGGUCCUUGUAGACUUAUGUAUGAUGAUGAUAACUAUUUAUAAAUGAGGAUGACUAUGUUUGAGCACAAUUACAUAAUGGAAAUGAGAUAUUUACGGUACUGAGAUAUGAUGUAUGUACACGCAUUCCUACUAAAUAUAGUCUCAUGCACUUUAGUAAAUUUAUGACUUUUAUCCAUGUAAAGCGUUACGUUACAGCCUCAAGGGUAACUUAUUCUAAGGUAAAUAUAUAAAUAAAUGUAUAAAUGCACAGAGCCAAUUAAAUAUAUCGAUGACUUUUUAAUGUGGCAAACUGCACACACGAACGAACGAACUAUUUAGAAAAUGUAUAUUCCAAGUAAUCGAAUGAGGGGAGACAGAGCGAGAUUUUAUCGUGAAUCCGGAUAUGACUGGAAGAUUAUGCAUCCGAUUUGAGAUUUUUGAUCAACAUUUACAAAAGAAUCUUCCACGAUUAUUAGCAGCAAGUUGGACAAAGGCAGGAAAAAAAACGUGUAAAAACUACAUACAGAAUUUAUUUUACCAAUCACAAUAUUUCCAUUGGCUUCAACAACAACAACAUCCAUGUUGGAUUCUUAGUGAGAUUAACGUAAAUUCCAAAAAUAAGUCGAAUUCUUAAUGACACCAACAAAGAGUAGAAGGAGAAAAGUUUGUCUGUGAUACCUGCAAAGAUUUGUAGUAUUAGGGUUGAAGUAGGCGUAAAUAUGAAUACAAUAUUUAGUAUACAAAUAAAUUGCCAGUAAACACGAUCUGCAUGUAGCUGACGAACUACUCCAAAUGAGAUUUCAAAAAUGGACAAAUAUUUUGCGAAAAAUCAUAAAAUACUUACAGCUAUACAAACAUCAGAGUUGAACUGUUAUCCUAAAGUUAACUCUAGAAUGGGUACUGAGAUACGUUACGUUGUGUUUGAAAUGUAGAACUAGAAGUAUAAUUUGACUUAUAUAUGAUAUCUAGCAGAUAAGGAACUAGGUAACCUGCAAACAGCGGCCAUCACUAACAAAAUGCAUCAGAGUAGAAUUAGUUUUGUCGUCAAGGACAAAACUAAUUAUUAGUCUAUGAAUAAAUACUUAAUUAGUAAAUGUUUAAUUAAGUACUGAUAAAUACAAGUAAGUAAAAGUACGUAUGAAUAUAGGACAAAGAGUAUAUGUGAAAAUGUGUAUUUAAACUAGAUUCAUCGUUAAUUCAAGUACUUCAAACUAUGAUCUUGUCAAGAAAAUCGUCAAGUUCGCUCCAAAAAUCAACCAAACGAACUUAUUCUUUGUAUUGUAUGUAAUACUUGCGCAAUUACAUUAAAUAUGUCGUUAAGUCUUGUUCACAUUCAUGAAUUUUUAUGAAGUUAAGUGCUAGUUGUACCAUCGUCAAGUAAAUAUAUGUACAUUUAGUUGAACCCGUAUACCUACAGUCAAUCAUUAAUUGUAUACAUACAUAAAUAUCUAAUUAUGCAUAGUAAGUAUGAUAUACAAUCAUAACUAUUAUUAUUGACCCACUACUACCUGCAACCACAAACAAAAGUUACCAUAAUUAAUUAAUUUAGAACGUAAAGUCUGUCAAAAUUUAUCUGCAUAACGUUCAAGUGUUGUAUCAUGCCAAUCCUUGAAAGUUUAUGUGUUGUUGUUCGUUGUCACUUUGUUUACAUAAAACUAUGCUAGAAUUUGGUUAAUUCAGUUCCUUGCAUUACUCAGAAUUGAUACGUUAUUAAAAUUCUGUCUGGUGGUUUGUGAUGAAACUCAAGUUUUGCACCAAAUAAAUAAGAACACGACAAACUUA